AUGCGUCUCUCUACCUUGUUCCUGUCAUUGAUCAGCGUGGUCUCCACCACGGUGUCGGCACAUCCUAAACGCCAGACACAACAGCCGACUUUCUCCCGCAAUGUCAUCUUCUCGCCGCCACGCAAUGCCGGUUGGACCGACCCUGGUGUUCUCUACGCCCGCAGUGCACAACUUAGUGACGGCUCCAUUCUUGCAACAUGGGAGAACUACUCACCUGAGCCACCCAUUGUCUACUUCCCCAUCUACAAGUCUAGCGACGGUGGGUUGACAUGGAAGGAGAUCUCGCGCGUGCAGGAUACGCAAAACGGCUUUGGUCUGCGUUACCAACCCACCCUCUACGUUCUGCCACAGGCUAUCGGUGGCUACCCAGCUGGUACCGUUCUGAUCUCCGGGUCCUCGAUCCCCACCGACCUCUCCAGCACGGAGAUUGAACUGUACGCCUCAAAAGACGAUGGCGUUACCUGGGAAUUUGUAUCGCACAUCGCAAAGGGCGGUAGGGCUGUUCCUAACAACGGCCUCACCCCGGUGUGGGAGCCAUUCUUGAUGAUGUACCAAAACACGCUCAUCUGCUACUACUCCGACCAACGCGAAAAUGCGACUUACGGUCAGAAGAUGGUACACCAGUCUACUACGGAUCUGAAGACUUGGGGCGCCGUCGUCAACGACGUGACUUACCCUACCUACACCGACCGUCCUGGUAUGCCCACUGUCGCUGAGCUGCCAAACGGGCAAUACAUCAUGACCUACGAGUACGGUGGUGGCCCUGCCAUUCCCAACUCCUACCAAUUCCCCGUAUACUACAAGAUUGUUUCCGACCCCACCAAGUUCGGCGAAGCUACCGGUAUCAGUCUCAAGGCUACUGAUGGCACGAUUCCCAGUGGUUCUCCUCAUGUGGCUUGGAGCAGCUUUGGAGGAGUCAAUGGCACCAUCAUCGCCAGCGCACACAGCAACUCGGAGGUUUUCAUCAACAGAGGUCUUGGACAGGGUCCCUGGAUCAAGGUUGCCACACCUGAAGCGACCUCAUACACCAGGCAUCUCCGUGUCCUUAGCGACCCAACCAAGUUGUUGAUCAUGGGUGGUGGAAACCUGCCGCCUGCCAACGCCAACAGUGUCACGGUCACUGUUGUUGAUAUCAGCUCGUGGUAG